UUUAAAUCAUGCAUAUAAUAUAUAUGACUGCAUGUUAUGUGCAAGUCAUAAUUUGUACAUAUUUACAAAACGUGCAUAUGCACAGUGUAUGCAUACACACUUAUAUGUGUACUAUAAUGUAACCGUGCAUGCACGCGCGUGACGCACAACGUGCAUACAUAGAUGCAACAUACAUAGUUGCACAUACAUAGUGAUGAAGCGUGGACUGCAGGAUCGAUAGAAGAGAAAGAUCGUGGUCACGGGGUACAUGGGGUAUGGAAAAGGAAAGUAAAAUAAGGUAGGAGUAGAGGGAGUAAAAUGGACAUUAGGUGGGUGCGAGUGGUGCGUGGUUGUUGGGGUGGUGAGUGACAAGGGUGGGUGGAACGGGCGGAGUGGGCGGCAAUGGUCAGGCGGUGAGCAUAAAGAGGAUAGGAUAAUAUCGGUGCGCGACCUCCGCGGUAGCUUCAAGUUCGCCGCUUUAAUACCGGCAGAUCUACGAUGUAGUUAUGCCGAAGAAAAGCACAAGGCAUGUGAGAGAGUCGGGGUUAACGAGAAGUUCUCAUCAUAAAAACAGUAAUCCUGGAAUAGCGUCGGAAUCGAAAACGAAACACUUUCGAAGUGUUCGCAUUGGUCUUACGAACGGCAAGCGUUGGCUUUCUCUUAAGAAGCGCUUAGGCCUGUCAACCGAUGAAGAUGUUGCAGUUUAUUUACUUGAUCUUGCUGAAUCUGCAUCCAGGCACAGUACAAAGUGCAAUGAAGAAGAAGAAAGGGAAAUGGAUCAGGAUAAGGGGGAUAAAACAGAAACGAUGUCGACUGAAAACUUGAUGGAAGAUACAAGAGAGUCUCUACGUCGAAGCUUAAGGAAACAAAACGUUGGAGUAAUUUCAGAGUCUGAGGCACCUUCAGUUGAUACAGCCCAAACCAAAUUAUCCGACGAUGUUGAAUUACGUGUUCUGCGUAGUGCAAGAUCCAAACAUCACAAAAAUAAAGCUAAGCAUCACAAAGAUAAAAGGAAAAAGAAGAAACAUCUUAAAACUGUCGAUCCUGUUUCAACUGUAGAAACCAUUAAACCACUAUCUAGUGAUGUAAUAUUAAAAGAUGAGGAACAAAUUUCUAUUAAAACAGAUAAUUCUAGAUUACUCAGUGAUAUAGAUGUCAAGUCGAAUUUAAAAAAUAGUCUUCGUGCUGCUAAGAAGACCAUUGAAUCUGUUAUGGCAAAGACUGAACACAUAGAUAGUAUAGAAUUUAUAGAAAAUGUAAAUACUAAUAAAAAUGUAGUUUACCACAAAAUUAAAAAUGAUGCAAAGAGGAUAAUGACAGAUGAUGACAAAAGGGAGUACUCAAAGUCUAAUAGUUUAACAACUUCUCCUAUUACUCAAAGUAUUGAAAAUGCAACUGAACAAAUCACAAAUUUAACAGCUGAUGCUGCUUUUCAUGUUCAGUCUAAUGAGAUAAAGGAUGAUGAAAAUGUUUCUGGCAGCAUUCCAUAUGAUGACCAUCAUGAAGUUGAUAAUGCAAAUUCUUAUUGUUCAAAUAUUGAUACAAAUAUGGUUCAAGAAGUAGAAGAUCGAAAAUUAAAGAAGAAACGGAAACGGUUGAAGUACGAUAUCGAAGAUGAAAAUGACGAAAAUAGAAAGGAAGAUUCAUCUGAUGAAGUUAUAGAUGAUUCUGUACAUAAGCAUAGAAAAAAGAGGCACAAACAUACUAAUGAACAUAAAAAUCGUAAGCAUCAUGAUGUACGGAAAGCACCACAGGAUGGCAUAAUCAUGCAGGAAGAUAAGAACAUUUGUUCUGUAGCAAAUGAUACAUUGGCUGUUAUGGUUGAAAAGCUUCAAACUGAGACAAACGUUGAAAAUUUAAUGUCUGAGCCUCAAAGAUUAGCCAUUAAAAUAAAACUUUGUCAAGAAUGCAAUAAUCGCCACUUGCAGGAUGCCUGUCCAUUAAAUAUGCCCCAGUAUGCAAUUCCAGACUCCAUAUCCUAUGAAGAUUGGUUAAACAAGCAUAAAGGAAAUAUCGAAGUUUUAAAGGCUAUAAAGUCAGAUGAUCCUAUGUCUGAAGGAUAUGGGAAAGCAACAGAAGAUAACAUAGAGUCUGAUGAUGAUUCUGUGUUGAAUGAACAUUGCAAAACAAAGGUGAAGGCUCAAAAAGAGGAAAAGCAGUUAAUUUUAGAUGCUGAUCGACCAUUAUACGCUAGGGAUUCUUUACCCGAAUGUUUUGAGUUAAAAAUCACUAAUUCAGAGCACGGACUCGGAAUAUAUGCGAAAAGUUCUGUUCCAAUGCAUGUUAAAUUAGGUCCUCUUGUUGGAAAACCAGUAAAGGAAAUGGAUAUUCCUGAUGAUUUCCCUAUGAGACAUAUUUGGGAGAUAGAUAAUAAUGGUAAAACCUUGUACAUAAGCACCACUAAUCCAUUAAAAAGUAAUUGGAUUCGUUAUAUUAGACCCGCUGACACAAAAGAAGAACGAAGUGUUGCAGUAAUUACAAAACAAGGAGAAUUGCACCUUGUUACCACUCAAAAUAUUGUAUCGGGAAUGGAAUUAACAUACUGGGCAGAUUCGCAAUCUUCGGCAUGGACACGAAAAAAUAAAGUAGACAAAACGAAUUGUGGGGGAUGUAAUUUAAAUUUUGCCCAUCCGAUAUAUUAUCGCUUGCAUUGUUGCAUUUUUCAUGAUACCAACUACAGUUUGACCAUAAGAAAAUAUCAUUGUAAGGUAUGUGGAGCUGCUGUUUUAGGUAAAGAUAACAUAAUGAAACAUGCUGCAGAAUUACAUGCUGGUCGAGGAGCAUAUCAGUGCCAGUAUUGUAAAAAAUUCUUUUUACGAUUAAAUUACCUUGAAAUGCAUCGAACCUACGGAUGCUCACAAAAUCCACAACGUUCGAGACCAUUAUGUGAUUUUUGUGGACGGAAAUUUUGUCAGCCACAAAAACUGAAAGUGCAUAUCAAACGAAUGCAUAGCGAUAUGUCCGAAGUACUCCGAGAAUUUCAAUGUAAACUCUGUCUGAAACUUCUUGGUUCUCGUGCUGCGCUUCAACGGCAUAUGAAAGAAGUUCAUCAUAAAGAUGUCGUUGGCGCUGCAACUUGUGAUCGAUGCGGAAAAAUGUUUCAGAAUAAGAGUAAUUUAAAAAUACACAUGUUAACACAUAGUGGAGUAAAACCGUUCAAAUGUAAAGAGAACAGUUGUAAAGCAGCUUUUACUACCAAGCAAUGUUUACAAUUUCAUUAUAAAAAAGUACAUGGCCUUACGGAAGAAAUGAUGCCAAAAAUUGAACGUUCCGUUGCGUACACUUUCGAUGCGUAUAGCGGUGGACUCGUCGAAGAUGUUGGUCGCGGAAAGACACCUCGACCUAGUAAAAGAAUUUCUCAGCAGGAUGAUAACAGCAACGAAACUUCUUUAGACGAUAGUAACUCUAAACACGACUUGAAAACUGAAACACCAAACAGUUCCAUGCAUUCAACUAUUAUUGAAUUUGGAACGAGCUCUGCGUCCAAAUAUAAAACGGAGCAUAAUUCAAGAAUUUCAACACCAUCACUUUCAAUGAAUGCAUCAACUCUUGAGACAACAGUAGAAAAUGUUCGCACGGAGACAGAUCUUUAUGGUACCUCUAGAUUACAAAGUAAAGGUAGUAAAAAAUGGCUCGGAGAGUUUAAUCCUCCGAUUACUUCCGAUUCAACCAUAGUGUCUAAUACAAUCUCGCAUUUAUCGUCGAGCAUCGUUACUGGAAGUACUUACGAUUUUGAAGACAGUAGAAAAGAAAUCGAUGAGAAAGUUACUUCAUCGACGAGUACAGCUAGAGUGCAAGGGAUUAUAGAAAAUAGUAAGUUAGGUCUUAGUGUUUAUAGAAGAACUGAAAGUGCGAGUGCUAGUUUAUUAGUCGAAGCAGCUCUUGAUGCUGCUGAAAGAGAUAUAGGAGCUGUAACCAGUCCAAUACUGGAGGACAACGAUCGAGAUACAAAUCUUUAUUCGAUAUCCAGUCAGCUACAUUCUCCGUUACCUCAAAGAUCACCGAAUCACUUAGAUUCUUACAUGCAGCAACAAGAGGAACUGAUAUCUCCAGUACCUACACCGGACAAUCGAAAUACACCGCCUACGCACUUACACGUCGAUUAUCAACUACACCGACCUGUUGAUUAUAUUGAUACACCAAGAACACAUAAUAUUGAUCAGUAUUUACACCACGAAGAAAUGCCACGCGUUUCUUCACCAAACAAUUAUAUUCAUAUUCAGCAGGAAGAUUUAGUGUCACCCUCGGCCACACCAAAUCCACGUUAUCAAGACGUACAUCAUCAUCAUCACCACCACCAUCACCAUCAUCAUCAUCAAAUACCCACAGACAAUUUGUCCAGUGACGAAGGUGAUUCUGUUGCACAAAAUCUCAGUCUGUCUGUAAAAGAAAAGGCGAUGCAACUAGAUCUUUCGACGUCGUAUAAAUACGAUUCUCUCGAUCAAGACUUUACCAGAGAAAGGUCAAGUUUUGAACCUCUUGUUCUUAAUGGAGAGCUUCAAGGUUUGGACAUGUCUGCUAGAGGAUUCCAUCAUGGAUUUGGCGUUCAGCUACAAAACUCACGGUAUCAUCAUCAUCAUUUAUACGAAAUUGCGGAAAGACAGAGUGUUGAUCUUAGUAGAACCGGAGGUUACUCAAUAUCAUCACCCACUUCUCUUUCAGUAGCUUCUCAGGUAUCAUCUGGUCCCUCUGUUGCUGUGACAGCUCCUUUACCACCGCCUUCAAUACCACCGCCACCACCACCACCUCCUCCUCCACCGCCUCCUCCUCCAGCUCCCCCACCUCCACCACCGCCACCUCCGCCUCCACCACCACCACCACCUCCUCCCCCAUCAUCUUAUUCUCACAGCGAAGUUUUGAGAAUUGUAAGUUUGGAUCUUACUCCCGGUGGACGACAUACUGUCGAUCUUACUCUUUCAAGAUCUCAUCAUUUACACGGAUCCGGAGCUCGCGUAAUAACCAGUCCUCAGUCCACAGCUUCCGGUAAUCCACACAUCGUACCUGAUGUGGUGGACGGACGAAUUUUAUCUUCCCCUCCACCACCGCCUCCUUUGCCGGGAUAUAAUCCAAGUUAUCCUGUAAGUCCUGCACCGUAUCAUCCACCUAGACCAGGCUAUCAUCAUUAUUCCGGUUAUUACUAAUUCAUAAUUCUCUUCAAUCAUUUGCAAUAUUUCUAAUUACUCUUGUUCUGUUACAUUCGUUCACAUUUGUUUCCUCUUUCAUACACAUAAACUUUCUUCAAAUAAUCUCUUCCAUGUAACACAUCAUUCUAUUUGUAAGUUCGUUUCGCACAUGAAAUGACAAUUCAUUUAUAUAUAAUUCCUUCAAAAAUUUCUACUAUAACUCGAGUAUUUUGUGUUUUGUAGGAGGGAACUUUUUAUGCUCGUUGAAUUAGAGAUGUUUUUUUACUUAUCGAAAUACGAUCAGUAAAUAAUAAAAUCCAAUUUAAAACACGUUCAAAACUACUCGUAGAUCCUUACCUUUCGGAUUAAAGUACAAUCCUGAAACAGAGAUGCGCACAAACACAAAAAGGUAGAAUGUGUCGAAAAAUGUAUAGCGAAAUAUGAUGUGUAUUUAUUAUUUUUGAAAUGAACAUUAUUUUUUUAAACUAUUUAUGGACAAAAUUGUAGGAGAAAAUUUGUUGGGCGAUUACAGGUACGAUACCUAAUUAGAAGAACCAAUUAAUUUCUCAUCUUUUAGAUUAAAUAUUUAUAUGAUGCACAUUUUUUCUAUAACUAUAUAAUAAAUUCGAACAUGACAAUUACAUUUUCUAAUAAAAGGUAGUGUACUCUUCUGGAGAGAUAUCAAAUACUUUACACAAAAUAUUACUUCAAAUAUAUAUUCUUCUGCUUCUUGUUUAAUGACAAGAAAAUACUUGAAAAUCAUGGCAGCAACAAUAUACAUUUGUACAACAAUAUUUUCUUUGGAUAUUUUAACAAGAAUAUCAUCACCGAUGAUGUCUUCGAAUUUAGGAAAAAAAAAAAAACGAAAAAAAUGCUGCGAUAGUAUUUAUGGAUAUAACAUUUUUUAUCUUUCAAAAGAUUUAAAUCAUGGUUUUAAUUAGUCGCGACAAUUCUCGGUUCAGGGAAAAAAUCAAUCGAGUUGCCUAAUGAUAGCUAUAAGUGAAUCUGCAUAGUGAUAAUGAAACUUAAAUGUUCAUUUUUAUUCUAGUCAUAUUAUAUUAAUUUCGAAGUAUUAAUCGUAAAUUAUAUAUUGUAAUGUUGCGGAGAUUGUAAAUGAAUCGUUCGCUGUAAAAGCUGCAAUUUUUAUUUAAUAGUUUGUUCGUUGUUAAACACAAAAAGAAUUACAAACUAAGAUUGGCAAUAAUAAAAUCAAAUUCAUUUGCAAAAUCCACAACUAGGUUCACAUAGCUUUCACAUCUGUUUUAAUUUCUUUUUCUUAUAAACAGUUUAUAAGAACCAAAGAAUAAAAUAUCGUGUAAUUUUUGUGCCAAAACAAAACGUUCAUUAUUGUACGUGCGUUUUUAACAUAAACCUGCCGAUUAUUUUGUAUUACGUAAAAAUACUCGUAGCGUUAACGAUUAGUAGGUACAUAACAUAAAGCUAAAUGUACGUAUGUAUGUAUGUAUGACUGAAUGUAUGUUUCGCGUGUGGACAUGUUUUAUGCAAAUGCAUGUGUAUAUACGAAUGUAUAUAUACGCAGGUAUGUAAAUACGUCGAUAGAUGUGUAUAUGUGUUGCACAUCCUUUAGGUCAGGUAACGAAACGAUAAGUUUUUUAAUCGCUUUAAUUCUGAUCAUUUUUUUAAAUGUAUUUUUAUUAUUGAUGUUUUUUUACGCGUUUCUUUCUUUUUUAUAUUUUAAAUUACGUUUUCGUAAUUUAGGGCUUCCCAUUUUUAUUGAAUCAGUUUAAAAAGUGAUUUCUGUUGUUUUACUUUUUUGUUUAAAAAAAAAGAAUAUUAUAAAUAAACGCAGAAAUAAUCAAUUACCUUCUUGUUCGUCUAUUCACGUAUUACUAGCUAUAAUUACAAAGAACUUUAACAAUGUUCACAAGUACAAAUAUAAUAUGGAAUACAUUUGUAUCGAAUUUCGUAAUAUAGCAAACAAAAUGAAUAGAAUAAAAUAUAAAAGGUAAUAAUAUCA